AUGAAGGUGGCCGAGAAAGUGAUUCUCCUGCUUGACGGUGGCGACGCCCUGUCAGCCGCCGUAUCCAGCGGCCUGAACCCGAGCCCAAGCUCAAACUUCAAAAUGCUUGGUGAUUAUGAGGUGUCUAUUGUGCUCUUGCAAAGUUACGAGCCACCAAUCUUAGCUUGUGCUUUGAAUGAGGUUUAUCGUGAAGAUUUGGCCACACUGCUUCAUUUGUUAACUGCCAUGAAGCUUCCUGCACUUGUGCUGAUUGGUCAAAGCUGUCAGCGUGUGGCAAGACAGUGUUGUGUCAUGGCGACGGUGGCCGGAGAAGAGGAUGAAGCAAACGGAGAAGAAGGAAAGAAGGGUUUUUGA